AUGCACGCCACCUUGACCACCGUCCUCACCUGUGCCGCCGCCGCCUCGGCAGCGGCCGUGGUGCAGCAGCCGCGCCAGGAGACGGGCAUCCUGGCCGAGAUCACGGCCUGGAAGGCCAUCAGCAGCUGCGCCGACGACGCCAACGCCCCCGACUUGUCCUUUUACAUCACCAACUCCUCCGUCGCCGGCUGCGUCCAGCUGCCCUACGUCGUGGAGAGCAUCCAGCUCGCCGCCCUGCACCAGGGCCCCUACCUCGUCUCCUUUUACACCGACUACGACUGUGCCAACGUCACCCGCGGCACCACCGUCUCCGAGGUUGGCAACUGUCUGCACAGCAACAUUGGCCCCUGGGCUUCCCUCGAGAUCACCACUUACUAA